CAGACACUGGUCUAUUUAGCUUUUGUAUGCCACGUCAAAAUCGGUCGAGGAUGAGUUGAGGUGGUCGCAAGGGAGCAAUGCAGACUGGCACCUGAUGGCAUCGAUGAUGACAACAAGAGCAUGGCCGGUGACGCUGGGACAGAUUACACCCGUCAAGAUGCAGGACCUGAUACUGAGAGCAGGGAUAAUCUACUUAUUGCACACGUGGAUUGCACUCACCCAGAACCCCUGCGUCACCACCCACCCCCACCCCCUCCCCUCCCCGCUGGUAUCAAGGACCUCUUGGCUAAGAUUAAAGCCACUCUACUCUACAAGUAUCUUAAAUGGCCAGGAAACAUGCGCAGAGGAAGAGGAAGAGUAGGAGAUUGCAUAGGGCGGCAAAUAUCAGCUCCACUGGAGUUGGAGGGUCGAGUGGGCUGGAUGGUGACAAGGAAGGACCUUCUGCAGUCAUGGUCGACUGCAAUGGUGUUGGUACUGGCCAUGCGGUAAUUGGAGGAUCACCUGGGACAAAUGUCCACUAUGUACAAGUUGGCGACGAUGUGGAGUCACAAGUGUUGGAAACAGAGGAAUCUUUCAUGCCCCUGUUUGCAUGUCGUACCUGCGGCGUUUUCAAAAUGCGUUGCUUUGACUUUUUAAACUUCCUUUGA